UACGGGAGAUGACCAGAGACUGCUGGACACAGUACGGGAGAUGACCAGAGACUGCGGGACACAGUACGGGAGAUGACCAGAGACUGCGGACACAGUACGGGGGAUGACCAGAGACUGGCGGACACAGUACGGGAGAUGACCAGAGACUGCGGACACAGUACGGGAGAUGACCAGAGACUGCGGACACAGUACGGGAGAUGACCAGAGACUGCGGACGCACAGGGAUGACCAGGGACUGCGGACACAGUUCAGGGAUGACCAGGGACUGCGGACACAGUACAGGGGAUGACCAGGGACUGCGGACACAGUACAGG